AUGUCAAAUCCAUUUUUAAUAUUAUCGGAUUCACCAUCAACACCAUAUUCAACAUCAUCUUCAAAACCUGUUUCAAUUACAAAUGAUUCAACAUUAUCUUCAAAUCUUUAUAAAGAUAUACUUGAAUAUGUUCUUUUAUGUACAGUUAAUGAACAACCUUCAUCAUCAGUUAUUCAUUUAGAUGAAUUAGCUGUUGGAUUACCUGAAACAUGGGAUAAAAAUCUUAUUGAUCAAGCUUUAUUUGAACGUCUUCGUAUGACAGAACCUUCAAGUUAUUUAUCAACAUCACAAACAAAAAAAUCAUCAAAUAAAACUAAUGACAAUACUAUUACUGAAAAUCGUUGUUUACAUUAUUUAUCUGGUUGUUAUCAAAGAUUACUUCGACAACGUGAUCAUUUCAAAUUAGUCCUUGAUGAUAUAAAAAAAUUAUUUAUUGAUCAUAGUAAAACAGCGAUUAGUUUACCAGAUCUUUAUGAUGGACAAGAUUUAUCUAAACAAUGGUUAGAAUUAUUAAUUGAUGGUCAAGAGAAUCAAGUUAUUUGUGAAUUUACAGAUUGUAUUAAUACUGAUCUUAUAUCAUCAUCAACUGAUGAAAUUGAAAGUCUUUAUAAUUCUGUCUUUCGUCAUAUGUACAAAGCUAUUCAUCCAUUUGAUUAUUUUUCUACAGAACUUAUGACAUAUAUUGGAAUAUUAACUCAGUUAGCUAAAUGGCCAUUAUUAGUACGAAUUAUUUUUCGAUUAUCUCAUCCAAAAACAGCAACUAAUCGUCCUAUACGAAAUCCUCUUGUACCAUCAGGAGGCGAUGGUGGUCGAGCAUUUGAAGAUACAUUAGUUGGUAGUCUUCUGUCCAAAUCAUGUUUACCAUCGCUACCUGGAAAACCUUAUCUAUUUUUUGAAAAACCAAAAGUUAUGAGUGAACGUGAUGUGGAAAUAACAUCUGGAACAAUAUGGCAGCCACUGCGAACAUAUCAAGAAAAUUUAUCUCAAUUAUUCUUAGCUUUUGUUAAAAAUGCUGAUGUACGUAGUGAUGUAUUACAAUGGAUUGGUGAUUGUUUAAUUGAAAAUCGAGGCAAGAAUAAAGAAUGGUCAUCUCAUAAUCCAAUGACUGCUUAUAUGUAUGCUAGUGAUGGAUUUUUAUUAAAUUUAAAUCUUAUUCUACUUAAUCUUGCACGACCAUUUGCUGAACCUUAUUCACAAAAAUUAUUAAAAAUUAAUCCAAUCUACGCAAUUAGUCAAAAUGAAAAUGUUCAUUUAAAAGAUCUUCAUAAAGAUACACCAGUCAUUGUUCGUGAUGAAGAAAAUCUUGUUGAUAAAAAUAAUAAAAUAACAUUUAAUUUUAUAACCGAAAUCUUUUUUAUGUCACAUCUUAGUUAUACAUGUGGAGUACAAAGACUUCAUCGAAUGUUAUUAAAAAUUAACGAAGAAUUAUCACAUGUUCAAUCUGCUUAUAAUGAUGUAACUAGAUUACAUGGAACUAAUCAUGAAAGUAUACAAAGACUAGAAGAUGCUAUGGAAAAAGGUCUUACUGCUUUUCUGAAUAUAAAAGCUGUACUUAAUGAACCACGUUUGUUGGAAUUAUCCAAUGCUCUAUUUACUGCAACAAGUUCAUGGCUUGUUCAUCUUGCAUCUUCUGAUCAACCUGAAAAUGAAGAACAAAUACAUCCGAUUAAAAAAUUACCAUUACCGUUAAAACCAAAUCGACAAUUAAGUUAUAUUCCUGAAUUUAUUAUGGAAAAUAUGACAAAUUAUUUAACUUUUCUUGGUAGAUUUAAUGUACAAUUAUUCGAAUCCCUUCCACAUGUUAAUGAAUAUAUUACUUUCGUUCUUGUAUUUAUGGGUGAUGCAAAUCGUUUACGUAAUCCACAUUUACGUGCUGCAUUAGCUGAAGCAUUAGAAGCUAUUAUACCUAAUAAACAACAUGGUAAUGGUCGAACAUUAAAUAGUUCAUUUGCUGAAGCUAUUUUUACUGACCAUCCUUUAAUCGAACAUUUACCACGUGUUCUUCUUGAUGUAUUUGUUUCAAUUGAAUUAACUGGACAAGCUGUAGCAUUCGAACAAAAAUUCAAUUAUCGUCGUCCAAUGUAUGAAAUACUUGAAUAUCUUUGGAAAUUUGAUAAACAUCGUGAACAAGUGAAAAAACUUGCAACCUAUGCUGAAGAACAUAUUGAUGAUGCUGAAGCACCACUUUUCUUACGUUUCAUUAAUUUACUUAUGAACGAUGCUAAUUUCUUAUUAGAUGAAGCAUUAUCUCAUAUGGCUCGUUUAAAAGGAAAUCAAGAAGCAAUGGAUCGCGGUGAAUGGAAUAAUUUACCGGAUCAACAACGACAAGAACUUGAAAAUACAUUUCGACAUACUGGUCAAACAGCUCGUUAUACAAAUAUAAUGGGUGUUAAAACAUUAGCUAUUCUUGAUAUGAUAACACGAGAUAUUCAAUCGAUAUUUUGUAAUCCAGCUAUAUGUGAACGACUUGCGUCAAUGCUUAAUUAUUUUCUUCAACAUUUAGUUGGACCAAAACGACGUAAUUUAAAAGUACGUGAUUUACAUGAAUAUCAAUUUGAACCACAAAAACUUGUUGCAAAAGUUACGGAUAUUUAUUUAAAUUUUUCACAACGUGAUGAAUUUUGUGCUGCUGUUUGUAGUGAUGGAAUGUCAUAUAAUGCACAGUUAUUUCCACAAGCAGCUGAAGUACUUGAAAGAAUUCGACAUCCACCAGAAAGAAUUGCUGCAUUUGUAAAACUAGGUGAACAUAUUAAAGAAGUUGCUGCACUACAAAAAGAAGAAGAUGCUGUAUAUGAUGAUGCACCAGAUGAAUAUCUUGAUCCUAUUACAAGUACUCUUAUGAUUGAUCCUGUUAUGUUACCAAGUUCGCAUCAAAUAGUCGAUCGUGCAACUAUUUCUCGACAUCUUCUUAGUGAUCAGACAGAUCCAUUUAAUCGAAAUCCAUUACGUAUGCAAGAUGUUAUACCUCAAUUGGAGUUAAAACAAACAAUUGAACAAUGGAAAGCUUCUCGACGUCGCCAACAGUCAUAA